GGCAGCGUCUGAUAGUGCACCAAAUAAAGCAUCAUAUCUGUCUCUCACCGAUUAUAUAUAAAUAUAUAUUUUCCCUUUUUUCUUUCUUUCUUUCGCUCCGCUCCUCUUUCUCUAUUUCGUACAAUUCUAAGUUCAUCAGGUAUUAUUUAUCCAGGUCUUUGCCUAUGGGUACUAAAUCAGCUGUUGACUUAAUGGAGUCUUUAUCCGAGGUUCAUUUUUCUGGAUUUCACAUGGAUGGCUUAGAGCAAAGAAAGGCUGGCACAGAGCAACCAACCACUUCAGCAACUGACAUGUAUAAACAACCUUUUGUGAUAGGUGUUGCUGGUGGAGCAGCAUCCGGUAAGACAUCAGUUUGUGAUAUGAUUGUUCAGCAGCUUCAUGACCAACGAGUUGUACUUGUUAAUCAGGAUUCUUUUUACCAUAAUUUGACUGAGGAGGAACUUACAAGAGUACAAGAUUACAACUUUGACCAUCCUGAAGCUUUUGAUACUGAGCAAUUGCUACGUGUCAUGGACAAGUUGAAGCAUAGCCAAGCAGUAGAUAUUCCAAAGUAUGACUUUAAGGGUUACAAGAAUGAUGUUUUUCCAGCAAGACGGGUAAACCCAGCGGAUGUUAUUAUUUUGGAAGGUAUCCUUGUUUUCCAUGAUCCACGAGUGCGGGCAUUGAUGAAUAUGAAGAUAUUUGUUGACACAGAUGCUGAUGUUCGUCUGGCUAGAAGAAUUAAGCGUGAUACUGCUGACAAUGCUCGUGAAAUUGGAGCUGUGCUUGAUCAGUAUUCUAAAUUUGUGAAGCCAGCUUUUGAUGACUUUAUUCUUCCCACCAAGAAGUACGCUGAUAUCAUUAUACCCCGUGGAGGAGAUAAUCAUGUGGCUAUUGAUUUGAUUGUACAACAUAUUCGCACGAAGCUUGGUCAGCAUGACUUGUGUAAAAUAUAUCCUAAUUUAUAUGUCAUUCAGUCUACUUUUCAGAUACGGGGUAUGCAUACUCUGAUACGUGAUUCUCAAACAACGAAACAUGACUUUGUAUUUUAUUCUGACCGUUUGAUUCGUUUGGUUGUAGAACAUGGCCUAGGGCAUCUUCCAUUUACAGAAAAGCAAGUAAUCACUCCAACUGGAUCGGUAUACAGUGGCGUGGAUUUCUGUAAGAGGUUGUGUGGUGUCUCCAUCAUCCGGAGUGGGGAGAGUAUGGAAAAUGCUUUACGAGCAUGCUGCAAAGGUAUCAAGAUUGGGAAAAUUCUUAUUCAUAGAGAAGGUGACAAUGGUCAACAGCUAAUAUAUGAGAAGUUGCCUAAUGACAUCUCAGAUAGGCAUGUAUUACUGCUGGAUCCCAUCUUAGGCACAGGUAAUUCAGCUGUUCAAGCAAUUUCUUUGCUUUUAAAGAAGGGUGUACCAGAGUCCAACAUUAUAUUUCUCAAUCUCGUAUCAGCACCUCAAGGUGUUCAUGUGGUCUGUAAAAGAUUUCCAAGAAUAAAAAUCCUGACAUCUGAGAUUGAGAUUGGUUUGAAUGAAGAUUUCCGUGUCAUACCUGGCAUGGGUGAGUUUGGGGACCGGUACUUUGGAACAGAUAAUGAUGACCAGCAGGUGGUACCCCCUUCACAGUAGUUAUACUUGGGAGGAAAUUCACAAUAUUUUUUGGUUCGUCAUCAUUAAUGAGACCUUUACUGCGGAAGGGGGAAAUAAAAUUUGCUGAAUUAAGAUUCUGCUGGGCUCCGAGUUAUUGUUCUAAAUCAAUUUUGAUCAUAAUAUUUUGUUUGAUUUUACAAACAUAUGCAUAAUCGGAAUAUUCCAAGGCAAAUUUUGUAUUACCUUUUAUUAUUAUACCGGAAUUUUUCUUUGAACUUAUUCUUUGCCGGACACUGGCUUAUCAAGAUACAUGUUUACCGUCCAGA